AUGGAUAUUCGCAUCCUCACAAACGCAGACCUGCCCCUCAUUCAGCACGCAAACCUCGAGAACCUCCCCGAGAACUACUUCCUCAAGUACUACCUCUACCACGCCCUCUCGUGGCCCCAGCUGAGCUACGUCGCCGUCGAUGUCUCGAGGCCCAAGAAGGACCCCUACGAGUACCCCAAGAUCGUCGGCUAUGUUCUCGCUAAGAUGGAGGAGGAGCCCUCAGACGGCAUUCCUCACGGCCACAUCACCAGUCUGAGUGUUAUGCGCACACACCGAAGGCUGGGUAUUGCCGAGAAGCUGAUGCGCCAAAGCCAACUCGCCAUGGUCGAGACAUUCCAGGCCAAAUACGUUUCCCUCCACGUCCGCGUCUCCAACGCCGCAGCCCGCCACCUGUACGAAAACACACUCGGCUUCACCAACGAGAAGACAGAGGCCAAAUACUACGCCGACGGCGAGGACGCCUUCUGCAUGCGCCUGGACCUAGGCGAGAUCAAGAAGGCCGCCGAUGAGGCCGCCGCGGAGGACCAGGAGGAAGCCGAGGACGAGGGCGACGCCGUGGGCGAGGUCGGCCGUGAUCCAGAAGCGGGCAAGGAUGCGGACAAGAAGAAGCAGGUCAAGGUGGCCGUGGGGAGAGGAUUGGGAGUUGGCUCGUUGGUCGAAAAGGAUGAGUCGAAGAACUAA